AUGAUGGUGAUUAAUAUCUUUGCAAGUGACUUGAAAGUUACAAUUGGUUCAGAACGCUCUUUAUAUAAUAAAACACAAGUCGUAUCAGUGUGGUUGCGAUAUGACAAUACUGGCAAAGAAAUCCUACAUAUUUUUAAAUGGUGUUUACCAGACAAAGAAUUAAGUGAUCCACUAUUUCAAGUAAUCUGUGAUAAUGCUACCGUUGAUUAUGUCGGUCCAAUGAUCAAACGACGCGCACCAACAAAUGCAGAUGUCAUUUCUCUAGCACCUGGUAAAACUAUACAAACACUGGUUCAACUAUCACCAGCAUACGAUAUGACUAAGAGUUGUAAUUAUUCAAUUCAAUACUAUAGGCCAACUGAGAGUGUUAUAUUCAGCGAUGAUGAAACAUUGAAGAACACAUCUCCCGACACUACUAGUAGCUAUGAAUCCGACAUAAAAUCGAAUAUUAUUCAAUUAACAAUUGAAGGUCGUCCUAAUACUCGACACCAAUAA